GGCCAAUUGUCAUGGGGGGAGGAUCAGUGGUGAAACUCGACAGGCGUAUUUGCUGACUGUGGUACCCGUUUCGUUUCAUGCUGCCGUGGACAUUCACUGGCUAGCAGCCCUACAACCACUGUAGCACAGCCCCUACAGUACCUUACGGACAUACAUUACCCCUGAUCAGCGGUUGGUUGAUCGCUGCUGUUCUUCCAAUCACUGACGCUGCGCCUCCACUGCAUGGAAUGGGAUGUUCGCCUUUUCACCAGUGAACAAGGCUUGACAAGAGGGGAUUUCUCUUGUUCCCAGUGACUGUGCAUCUGCAUGGAUCACAGUCCUUUGUGAGUGAGAAUGGUUCACUACCUGGCCCAGGUCUCUGGAGGCUGAGGCUUACAUCUGUAGCUAUAUAUGCUCCAAACCCCCAGCCAUUGAUCCUUGGUCACUCUAUUUCUCACAGCCGCAAUCCUUUUUGCUAACAUCAGUCUCCCUUCAUUAAAACUACCAACACAUACUUAAAAAGAUUGGACUGGUUCCUGUCUCUUUUAUAGACAUUUUUGGCCUUUUUUCAGCUUUUGAUACCCUAUUCGAUAUUGAUUGUCGAUCGCUAUAACAGUAUACUACAGUGCUAUACUACACUACGACGUUGAAACGAAACAACACAACACAACACAAAACAAGACACGCUUCACACAACAAAGAUGAAGUACACUAUCGCUGGCCUCUUGGCCACUCUCGCUACAUCUUCCUCUGCGCUUCCUAACAUCGCACGCAGCUCACACCCAACCGCCUCAGCAUCUUCAUCCGCUGCUGCGCGCAUCCUCCUCGGAAACUCUGGCCACAUCUACGUCGCCGACUUCAGCCCAAAGACGGGCAAGUUCGAGCUCACUCUGAACCAGGAGAUCGAGGGCGGUAACUCAUGGAUGGCCUACUAUGGCUCCGACUUGCUCUACGCUGUUGACGAGAACUCUGAUGAGCUGAGACUCUUCAACCUUGAUCUCGAGGCUAAUAAGCUUACCCUCAAGACUAAGAAGGCCGGAAGUGUCGGCGUUGUUCAUCUUGAGUUCAACUCUGAUAAGACACGCCUUGUUGGCGCUGCUUAUGGAAAUGGUACCAUUGAUAUUUGGAACACUGAGAAGGGUGGUCUCGAGUUCGUCAAGACUCUCAAGUCUCCUGGAAAGCUUGGUCCUGACAAGGAGCGCCAGGCUGCCUCUCAUCCUCAUCAGGCCAACCUUGAUCCCUCUGGUCGCUACUUUGCCGUUAACGAUCUCGGUACUGACUCUGUUGUGAUCAUCGACUCCAAGGACGACGCUUACAAGAUCGCAAAGAACAUCCCCGUCGAGGCUGGCUGCGGUCCUCGACAUGGUGUCUUCUACCCUCGUGGUGGAAAGAAGGCUACUCACUACGUCGUUGCUUGUGAGCUGAGCAACCAGGCCCUCGUCUACUCUGUAUCCUACGAGGAGAACACCCUUGCUUUCAAGUAUCACCAGUCUAUCUCUACCUACGGCAAGGACGCUCCUGCUAAGGACCCCAAGACCGCAGCUGUUGGUGAGGUCCUUCUCGCUCCUAAUAACAAGGACGUUUAUAUCUCCAACCGUCUGUCCGGAAACGAGACCGACUCUAUCGCUCGCUUCACUAUCGCCGAGUGCGGAACUCUCACUUAUGCUGAUACCGUCUCAUCUGGUGGUCUCCUACCCCGUAUGAUGAGUUUCAGCCGAACUGCUAAGCACGUCUUUGUUGGUAACCAGAAUGGUACCAGCGGUCUCGUUGCUCUCCAGCGAGGUACUGAUGGCAAGCUUGCUGAGAAGCCUGUCGCUACGCUUCCUGGCUCUGCGUUCGGUGAGCCUUUGUUCGGACCUCAGUAUGUGCAGCAGAUCCUCCUGAACUAAAGCUCGGAGAUGUCCACUGUACUAUUCCUUCUUCUUCUUCAUGGCGCUUUUGGUGUUUCUCGGGCUUGAUAGACCCUUGGAAAUCGGGCACAUUGUUUUUUCCACAAAAAGAUUCUUGUUUAUUAGUCAAUCAGAGAAAUUGACAUUUGCUCUAUACCCUGGUAUCAGAAAAAAAAAAGACAACGCCUGCUAUUCGUGAUGAAAACCCUGUUACACAUGUGAUCACAUACUGCACUGUAAUCCGUACACUCCUAUCCCA